AUGGGACGCGUGUCUAUAUCCGUCCUUGUCGCGGGGUUGGUUGGGUAUGUCUUUGCUGGCAUGAACCACCCUGCCCAUGGACAUCGCCAUCGCCAUCGCCACUUGAUGCCACCUAUCGAAGACUUGGAGCCGCGGAAUCAGGCUUGGGAUAAUGUGAAUAAAGCCGCAGAUGAUUUUGUGGUGGAGUCCAUUACCCUCACGACCACUACAACCGUUUUUGGAAACUGCGCGCCAACCAAUCCUAUUCACUCUACCCUUACGCUUGUCAGGCACAGUCCUGGGCCUACGCCGUGUGCACACGAUCAUGCCGUACACAGCAUCGCGCGUCCCGAGGCAUAUGAAGAGCACUGGCAUCAACUGGAACCGCAGCCUGAGCCUGUUAUCCCUGCGCCGACAAACACAAGGCCCGCUCAGCCUCAAUUCACUCAGCCCAAGCCCCAAGCCCCCAUGCCAAUGCAGCCAGAGGCCAUUACCACUAUGUUCAAGACACAAACAAUCACCAAAACUGCAACGAAUAUAGUACAGGUCACCGUCUACCCAGGGGGCAGCCCUGUGCCACUUGCAAACACAGACACCGGGAUUCCUUCAAAAGCAGAAAAAGCUGCGGCCCUUGCAGACACACUUCCAAAGGACUCUUUGGAAGAAGAGAAAGCCGUCCCGGCAAAACGCCCAUCUCCACCGCGUCCCAACAAAAACAACGGCGGACCUAUCAACGCUAUACUCGAUCUGCCGGGCGAAGUCCUCCCCGAUAUCCCAGUAGUCGACCAGAUCCUCCCAGGCCCAAAGCCAGACGGGCCCACCUCGGCGGACUGGACCAAAACACCGCCGAAAGGAAAGUUCUCAACAAAUAAAUUCGGAGGACGUACUCAGCCUAAAGGCAAAGGCACGGAGAUCCACUACCAGGGCAAUGUCGGCAAGCCUUGGGGAAGCAAUAUCAUCAAUGUCAGUCCGGCCGAGGCACACACGUACAAAUAUGUGGCGCAGUUCACGGGUUCAAACCAUGAGCCUUGGACGGUGGUUGUGUGGAACAAGAUCGGACCUGACGGAAAACUGACCGGGUGGUAUGGCCACUCUGCUUUAACGUUCACUCUUGCACCCGGUGAAACCCGGUAUGUUGCUUUUGACGAGGACUCUGAGGGCGCUUGGGGCGCUGCACCUGGUGAUCACUUGCCCAAGGAUCAAUGGGGUGGAUACUCGUGUACCUGGGGCGAGUUUGGGUUCGGUGAUGGAGAGAAUAAUGGCUGGUCGGGAUGGGAUGUUUCGGCUAUUCAGGCACAGAUUGCCAAUCAUCCUGUUCAGGGGAUGUCUAUCUGCCGGGCUGAUGGGAAUGGAUGCUCUAUUAUCACGCCUGGUGCUAAGAAGGUGGUUGAUGCUUAUGUCAAGUCAAAGAAACACCUGGAUGGCAUUGGUGGCGCGGCAUCUCCUGGUCCCGUGCGGCUGAAAGUGGUGCUUGAUUAUCGGGGGUGA